UGAAAUCAUGUAAUUAAUCUCUUUCAAUAGUUACUUUAAGUUUAGUUGAUACAAAAAUUACAAAGAUUUAGUACUUGCGGGAGAAUUAUUAAGAGUUUUAAUAAGUAAAACCAUGCUUCAUUUCGGUGCUGCGUGUAUCUUGAAGUUAAACUUAAGGAGCUUGUGGAAGCAUCCGAGUAUUCGAAUGCAUGCUUCACACGGGAUCAGGUGUCUCUUGCUGAGUUUAUAUGUGUAUCAGUAGCCGAAAAGUUAACGGCAUCGCAUUCACAGGGAACUCUUCGAUUCGAUUAAACAGUAUGCGACUGGGACAGGACUGUGUGUUAUCGUGAUGUUACUUACAGUGCUAUAGUAAAAUAAACAGCGUGAGAUUUUGUUUCAGCAUGAUUUGUAAGAUUGUUGUUACAGCUCUGAUAUUCUUUGCAGAAAUCGGCUUAAAUAUUUUAGCUUUGAAAUGCCACUGUGACAGCUGCGGUAAAGAUACGAACAACACGUGUGAAACGGAUGGCGUCUGUUUUACAUCAGUCGCUCUUUCGGAAAGAGGCACCGAGUUUGGAUACAGAUGCAUUCCAAGGGAUAGUAUGUUUCCCCAGAACAAACCAUUAUACUGUCAAAAUUCAGAGCGUGCAAGUUCCCGUUUUGUAAUUAAAUGCUGUAAAGAAUAUGACUUCUGUAACCGUUUCCUCUCUCCAACACUAAUGCCCCCUACAACAGAAGCAAGCACAGUGGAAACACAAAGUAAACAGUUGGGUACAUUAGAGGUAGUUCUGGUUGUCACUUGUCCAAUAUGUCUGAUCUGUAUAAUAGUACUGAUUGUCAUCUGGACCUGCCAGCAGCGGCAGAGAUUUCAUCUGUAUCAACAACAAUUGGAGUUGAAUAUGGAUGCCCAUGAACCUAUGUUAGGGACCACCAUUAAGGAUUUGAUUGAAAUGACCACCUCAGGGUCAGGAUCAGGGGUACCAUUGCUUGUUCAGCGAAGCAUUGCUCGUCAGAUCCAACUUAUGGACGUGGUGGGUAAAGGCCAGUAUGGGGAAGUGUGGAGGGGAAGAUGGCGAAGUGAGCCUGUAGCUGUUAAAAUUUUUUCCUCUAGGGAUGAGAAGUCAUGGUUCAGAGAAGUUGAGAUAUACCAGACUGUAAUGCUUCGCCAUGAAAGUAUUCUUGGUUUUAUUGCAGCUGAUAACAAAGACAAUGGAACAUGGACUCAACUGUGGCUAGUCACUGAUUACCACGAGAAUGGAUCUUUAUUUGACUACCUGAACAAAACAACUGUUGAUAUAGCUACUAUGUGUAAAAUGGCUUACUCUAUAAUUAAUGGACUAGCACAUCUUCACAUGGAGAUAUUUGGAACACAAGGAAAACCAGCAAUUGCUCACCGAGAUUUAAAAACUAAAAACAUCCUUGUCAAAAAUAAUGGAACAUGCUGUAUUGCUGACUUGGGACUUGCUGUCCGAUUUGACUCAUCCACCAAUUCAGUUGACAUUCCUUCUAACCUACGGGUAGGAACCAAACGCUACCUGGCUCCUGAGGUCCUUGAUGAAACAAUGAAUCAGAACCAUUUUGAUUCUUUCAAACGAGCUGACAUUUAUGCCUUUGGACUGGUAUUGUGGGAGAUUGCUAGACGCUGUAAUGUUGUUGGUGGAAUGUAUGAAGACUACCAGCUUCCUUAUUAUGACAUGGUGCCUUCUGACCCUACCAUAGAGGAAAUGAGGAAGAUAGUGGCAACUGACAAACAGAGACCAGCUAUUCCAAAUAGAUGGCAAUCUUGUGAAGCUUUGCGAGUUAUGUCUAGGAUUAUGAAAGAAUGCUGGUACCAUAACCCUGCUGCACGACUAACAGCUCUACGUAUCAAGAAGACCAUAGCCAAUUUGAAGGCCCAGGAAGAUUUCAAAAACAUGUGAUUAAUGUGCUCUUGAAUAUACUUUGAAGAAUGAAUGUGGCAUUUUUUUAAAAUAAAUAAUUUGUUUGAAGAAUUUUGAAAGUUACAUACAUGUACAGUUUCAGUUUCAACACAUCUAGUAGGACAUGAGUUAGGGCUACAUAAAGGCUCUAAAUACCAAGAAUUGAUAUCCAUCUGUAUUAUAAGAAAUGUAAAAGCUCAGAGAAACUGUUUACUUCAAUAAGUCUUUGCCUAAAGCGAUGUGGUACUACAGAGAAACCUUAGAAUUUUGUAAUUGUUCAGUAAGUGAAGUAAAUAAACGGUGAAGUCAAAUAGUUAUCCAGAAUAACUGUCACAAAAGUGAGAGUUCAAAGAAAUGCUAAUUUGAAGAUCAUUAUGUGCUUCAUUGAAGAAAAAAUAUAAAGGUGGAACUGUAGAAAAUCUCCAAAUUUGAAGAUAAAGACCCAAAUGAAAAAUGGAUAAGUCAAAACACUAAAUUUACAGAACUUUUGUGUAGAUUUUCUGAAGCAAGUUUAACAUAAAAAAAAAACUUAAUUAAAACCCUUUCAUUUUUAAAGCAAGUGAAACUACAGAUGAAAUAGAAACUUGAAGGUUUGAGUAAAUGUUGUAAAAGGUCUAGAUGCACAGAAAUUAAAUGGUGAUAGAUUUUGUGUGUUUUUAAAAUAGGUGAUGCUAUAGAGAAUCUCUUAGACUUAAACAGAUAUGGUCAUUUUAAAUUCACUGCAGGAGGCUAAAGUGAAAUUCAGCUUUCAUUUUAGUGCAUGUAUUUUAAAGGAAGUUGAAGCUGUAGACAAAAUAUGACUGAGAUGAAGUGUUCAGUAGGUGAUGUGAAAGAAUGUCUGACCACAUAAAGAAGGUUUGAGCAUAGAAACAAAUUUCUUUGUUUACGUGAUUAGAAAAGGUGGGGUACAGUCAUAUAUUAGGAUUAAAUAAUUCUUGUUUAAGUAAUAUAAAUGAAGGUCAGACUCUAGUGGCUAAGUUGGAAGAAUUAUUCUAAAAAAAGGUUUUUAUUAAAAAAGUGAUCCUACAGAGAAAUAUAAUAAAAUUAUUUCUUAAAUGUCUUAAAGAAAAGUAAUUCAGCAGAGAAGGUUCUUCGUGUAAAUGUGAAAAAGAAAAAUCAAACUACAGGAAGGUUCUAAACUGCAAUGAUUAUUUUAUACAUGUUGAAGAAAAGAAGCCCUGAAGUGUGAGAUUGUUGUAUAUAUGUUAUGAAAAUGUACAGAAAAGUUUUAAACAAAGAUUGCUGUGUACAUGUGGCAGGCUACAGAGUAGCUCUAAACUUGAAGAAUUAUGAGGUUACAGAUAAACUCAGUUCUAAGGAUUUUAAUGUAUUUGUAAUGAAGAAAUGACAUUAUAGAGAAGCUUAAAACCUGAAGGAUCCUUGUGUACAUAAAGUUAGAAAGAAACUAAUCUUGAAGGGUUGUUGUCUAUGUAUGAUGAAGAAAUAUGAAAUCAGAAGAUUUUAAAACUUUAUGAAUUGUUGUGAACAUUUCAUAAAGAACUGUGAAGCUUCAGAUAAAAUUAACCGAAUUAUUUUUGUAUGCAUGGGAUGAAGAAAUAUAAACUUCAGAGAAGUUCUAAACUUGAAGGAGCAUUAUAUGCAUCUUAUGAAGAAACACUAAGAUACAUAGUUGCUCUAAAGAUAGUUUUUGGUGUACAUAUGAAGGAAUAUGAACAGUAGAGAAGCUGUAGGCUUAAAAGGUUCUUGUGCAUUUGUGAUGAAGAAGUAAGGGCUACAGAGUAGCUCUAAACAUGAAGGUUUGUUGUAUACAUUUGGUAAAUGAAUACAAGUAACAGAGAAGCUCUGAGCUGAAAGAAUUAUCAUGUACCUGUGAUGAAGAAAAAUGAGACUAUGUAUAAGAAGGGGUAAUAUUGUUUACUUGAAACAGGAAGCAACAAAAUAUUGCUGCUUGUAAGUGAAGUAAACAGAAUAUUAGAGCUCAACAGAAAAUUGUAACCAAAUGUGUAACUGGGAUAAACAGAUUAUUAAUAUGUGUGUGAAAGUGAAGUAAACAGGGUAUCAAAAUCUGCACGAUAGUUAGGCAGAUAGUUACUGUAUUUUUAGAAUGGACAUUAUUAUACUAUUAAAGAAAUGUAAUAUUCCAAAUGCUUUAGGAAGUUGGACCUUCCCUUUGCUGUCUGAAUAAAGAAAAAUAAAAUGUUAGGUUUUUCUUUUUAUUCACAUUGUAUGAGUUGCUGUGGUGACUUAUCUUGACAAAACAGAAAUUACUGUGAUAGAAUGUGUGUCAAAAGUGACAGUCAUAUCUUCACAGAAGCUAAUAAAACAGGGUGUUAAAUUGCAUUUUGAAAUAUGGUAGAUUUUAUUAUUACAUACAGGGUAUACUAAUUAAUAGCUUAGUUAGGCAGAUAAUUACUAUAUUUUUAGAAUGGACAUUAUUAUACUAUUAAAGAAAUGUAAUAUUCCAAAUGCUUUAGGAAGUUGGACCUUCCCUUUGCUGUCUGAAUAAAGAAAAAUAAAAUGUUAGGUUUUUCUUUUUAUUCACAUUGUAUGAGUUGCUGUGGUGACUUAUCUUGACAAAACAGAAAUUACUGUGAUAGAAUGUGCGUCAAAAGUGACAGUCAUAUCUUCACAGAAGCUAAUAAAACAGGGUGUUCAAUUGCAUUUUGAAAUAUGGUAGAUUUUAUUAUUACAUACAGGGUAUACUAAUUAAUAGCUUCAUUUUGAGUUUACUUACUGAUUAAGUAUUAUUUUAUUACUAGUUACAGCUUUUACAGUAAGGAAGAUUUGUUUUAGAAUAGGUACCAUCAAUCACUCAUGCGAUCAGUCUUGUGUACUUGAGAAUGAUCACACUAGUGAUUGAAACGCUGUACCUGUUCCAAAACAAAUCUUCCUUACUGUAAAAGCUGUAAACUAGGGUAUAUUAAUGUACAGAACACUGAUCUUUAUGUAAUAAGGAUUGUGAUAUAAUUUGAAUUUUUUGUUUUGGAGAGAUUUUUUGACAAUAUACACACACAACACAAGAAUAAACAGAAUACAACAAUCUACUUUUUAGUUAAAUGGAUAAGUUGUUAACUUUUCUGGAGUGCUGAGGAUAUUACAUGGGAUGUAACCUGCUUACAGUAUUAUGUUAUGGUCGAAGCAGGUAUCUGUUUUUAAGGACAAUUAGAAGAAUACUUUGCUGAGAAUAACUGUAAAGAAAUUACAUCAAUUUAUUAAUAAAAAUAUCUACAGUAUAUAGCUACUGUGAGUUAAUACCUAUAAGGACCUGAUCACUUUAAUUCAGCUAAGUGCCUUCAUUCAAAAAUGUUUGAAUGAUUUACUUAAAACUAGUUUACCAGGUGAAAAAGAUGUUUUUUUUUUGUUUGUAUUUUUAAAUAAUGAAAUAGCAUAAGAAUGGCCUUAAAGAUAGAGAAAAACUCGAUAAUGGAGGAAACAAGCCAAAUGAGUAAAAUAAAUUAGUCAAAAUGUGACUUUUGUAUGGUAUUAUGAUCUGUUUGGAUGUGUAGUAGUUUAAUUUUAUUGUUUUGUGAAUAAAAUAUUUUUUUAAUACUAUGGUAGGAUUUUGGAGAAAUGUAGUUAUUAUAUUACAAACGUUUUGUAAUAUAACAUCGUGAUAUGUUCAAGAGUGAAAUAAUCUAUAUAUGUAGUUGGGUAGGAACACAAGCUACCAAUAUAACGUAGUAAAGAAUGUAUUUUCGUAUGGCAAUGUACUGAAUUAACUGAGUAUUUUCAACUGUGAAAUAUAUUAUUGUAGUAAAUGUGAAAGAAAGUCUAAAAGAGCAUUGUUCUUCAUAAAGUAGGCAAAUUUCUGUUUUCCUCUUAUUGACUCUGUACUUAUAUUGGAAUUCUCCAUAAAUUGCUGAUAGUUAUAUUGGUUUUAUUUAGAGUUGCAAAGGUAUAAGGUUGUUAUUAGUUUGAUUUUUGGACCAAUGUUUUAUGUAAUUAUUUUCCUUCUUGUUAAAAAAUGUGUUGCAUAAGGAAUUAUAUAUUUUUAGAAGGCACUAUAAAAAUAUUAUUCAGUAAAUGUGUUAAAAUAUAAAUGCACCUGAAGAAGUGAAAUCUCAGGCUGAGCAUAAUACACACUUGUUGAUUAGCUUUAGCCAAAUAAGCUACCACAUCAUGAAUGCUUCAAUUUUCAGUUUAUAUCUCAUUGUUUAUUAGCGAUGAAAUUUGGUAGUAUUUUUGAGCUAUGCCAUUCAACUUGUAGAGUUGGGAAUACUUUUAUUGCCUAUUGUUUUUCUGGUAAGAAGUGCUGAGUUGAGUACUUAAGUAUGUACAUGUCAAGGACAGUACACCAUCCUUUUGUGUUAAGAAUUUAUCUAAAAAAUGCAAAAAACUAAGAAGAAUUACAUUUUGUGACCAUGCUUAUUGGGUAUAAAUGUGUUACGUGACUAAGCAUUGCAUCUCAAAUGCUGUCUCGCAUUAUGUGUUAGUAAAAGUGGAAUCUUUAAAGGCCAAUUGGCAUAGCCCAGAUUCUGUCAUUAAUAAACAACGAAAUGUGAACUGAGACUUCUAGCAUUUGAGAUGUAAUAUUUUAUUAGGCAAACAAUCACAGAUUUAAAAUAGUACCCAUCCUCAACCUUUACUUUUAUUUCUAAUAUCACAGGACAGUAGGGUACACUUAACAUUUUCAAAAGGUAGCAAAGAAUUUUGUUUUUUUCAGUGGAUGUGUUGUUUUUAGUAAAAGUAUUUAUUUAAUCUCAUUAUGUGAUAACUUUCAAUAAUGUUGACAGAUUUUAAAGAAAUACUUCUUUUCUGUUGUUUCAAAAUAAAAAAAUUUCCCACAAAAUGUUGAAAAUAAAAAGAAGUACUGCAUGGCGUGAACAAUGGAUAUGCAGAGAAUUGAGGUUUGUAAAACUAUUAAGACAGAAUAAUCCAUAACAGUGAAAUGAUUUUGAUAUAUACAGAUAUUAUUUUAUGGAAAUAAUAAGGUCAAACACCUAAAAUUGGUUAACAUUUGUAAUUUCUCUUCUUUAUUCCAGUAUUUCUUGUGUCAAAUAAUCAUAUAUAUAGUAUGAUUAUUCUUUAACCCAUUCACUGCAGCUGGGAUGUAUAUUUCCCAGUGCUCCCACCCCCUCACACUGCGACUGGGAAAAAUGUUUCCCUUUGUCGAUGCUGUUACCUUCCUCUGCUGGGUCCAGGUUCAUUAUCUUAACUAUCAUCACUAGAUGGAGAUCUAGCAUCCUCUUGUUUCAUUGCCUCUUUAUCAUCAUGCAUUUGAACACCACAUGACUCACUUUCACUGUCUGCUAAGCAAUUUAAGUCAAGUGCAUCAAACAUAUUAAUAUAGUGAUUAGGGUUACUACUUGCUGCUCUAGUGAUGAAGGCACACAGUUGUCAUACAUUCCGCUUAGGCAUCUUGUUGGUUACUAAAGGGCAGAGUGUAAAACAUUGAGGGAAACCAUAUAUCAACAUUAUGUGGGAUGACAAUAAAUACUUUCCAACUCAUUUUACUCCUAUACAUCACAUGCGACAAUUUUGAAUGACGAUGGGAAUCAUUUGUGUUAGUCUCGGUGUGAGCACUGGGAAAUGUAUGUCCCAGCCACAGUGAAAGGGUUAAUGAAAUGCAGACAUUUAUUACUUUUCAACAUAUUUCAAUUUGUUCUUUUAUUAAAUAUUCUUUAAUGACAGAUUAACUAAUUGCAAUCCAUGGCUGUAGUACAUAUUACAGUUAAAGGCUUCAAAUGUAUCGAUUGGAUAAAUUGCAGGAUUCUCAAGGAUAUUUACUAUAUACAGUGAACUAAUAAAUUAUAUGAUCAUAUUAAAUAAGUACUUAUCAAGUGUGCACUGUAUAGUUUGUGAAGGUAGUGGGGUCAAUGAAAGUGGUUAACUUUUUAACUAGUAAAUCCUAGGAAAACUAAUAGAAUUUGAGGGUACUCAGUUACAAUUACUGAAAAACAGAUCAAUUCAGGAGACAAGAUCUUCUGGAAUUUCCAAUUGAGAAACUAUUUGAAAAAAAUGCUCACUCUCAAUGACAUAACCACCAGAGGUCUACUAAGUGUCUCUCAGUCAUUUUAUUAUAGUUUUGUGUUUUUCAUUUGUUUAAUAAACUUUUUAGUAGAAGACCUGCUUUAAGUAAGACUGAUAUUUUUACUAUUUUUCUUUUUAUAGUUUUUUUAAAAAAAUAUAAUUGUACUGUUUGUCAGUUGUACCAUAUCCACUCGGAGUUUUGGUGAAAGAAUAUUGUUGGCUUUAUUUCCAAGGACAUUUAGGUUAUGUUGUACAAGUUGUAAUAUGUCCACUCCAAGUUUGAGUGAAAGAACAUUUUGGUUUUAUUUCAAAGGACAUUUAGGUUAUGUUGUACAAGUUGUAAUAUGUCCACUCUGAAUUUGGGUAAAAGAACAUUGUUGGUUUUAUUUCCGAGGACAUUUAGGUUAUAUUAUACAAGUUGUAGUAUGUCCACUCUGAGUUUGGGUAAAAGAACAUUGUUGGUUUUAUUUCUAAGGACAUUUAGGUUUUGUUGUACAAAUUUGUCAUAAUUGUAUGCUUGUCUGUUUUUUUUUCUUUUUGUUAAAAAAAACCUUCACACUUUGAAAUAUAAAUUUUGUCGAGUUUAUUGUUGACAAUUUGAAGAAUUGCUAAUAAAAUGAAAGUGUAUUUGAAAAGUAGAGAUAAAUACAAUUGUGUACAAUGUGAA